CGAGGCGAGACUGACGCUUACUGAUCCAUGAAAAAUUUGCGCUGAGACGUGGAUAUCUCUCCUUUAAUGAUGAAAUCACCUCUACGGCGAGCCGUGGUCGUUCUCUUAGUCGUCCACGCUAGUGUUUCAUGGUGUGAGGGUAUAUCAUCAGAAACUCCGUCACCAAAGAACAGUUCAUUUGGCACGAACAACACCAAGGGGGAUGGAAAUGCGACAAAAACUACACCAAUUACUACAACUACAACACAACCGCCAACUAUAGCUGAGGCUCAGAUCGAAGAAAGGCCCGAACCACCGGAGGUUGAACAACACAGUUCGAUGACAAUUUUUUUUAUUCUUCUCGUUGUAGCCCUUUGUAUCUUGUUGAUCCACUUUUUACUGAAGACUAAAUUUCACUACCUUCCAGAAAGUGUAGCUGUUAUUUUCCUGGGUGCAUUAGUCGGUUUGGUCAUUAAAGCCUUAAGCCAUUUUGCUCUUGGAGACUGGAGGAAAGAGGAACACUUUAAUCCUACGGCAUUUUUCCUCAUUUUGUUGCCACCAAUAAUUUUUGAAUCUGGUUAUUCACUCCACAAGGGUAAUUUUUUUGCCAACAUAGGCUCGAUUAUUGUUUUUGCUAUUUUUGGAACAGCUGUAUCAGCCAUUGUAAUUGGAGGUGGUAUCUAUUUAUUGGGAAAGGGUGGUGUUGCAUUUCAGCUUGAUUUAAGAGAAAGCUUUGCCUUUGGCUCCCUGAUUUCAGCUGUGGAUCCUGUGGCAACACUGGCAAUCUUCCAUGCACUGGAUGUUGAUCCAACAUUAAACAUGCUGGUGUUUGGUGAGAGUAUUCUAAAUGAUGCUGUGUCCAUUGUCAUGACUAACACUAUCCUAGAGAUGGGAGCAGCACAAUAUGCUGAUAGUAGUUCUUUUGAGACUUUCUUCUCAGCUGUGGGAAAUUUUCUUGUAAUGUUCUGUGGUUCAGCAGGCAUUGGGAUCCUAUUUGCUCUCAUAAGUGCAUUUCUUUUGAAGCAUGUUGAUUUACGCACCACUCCUUCUUUAGAACUUGGUACUAUGUUAAUAUUUUCUUAUGCACCUUAUGGGUUGGCAGAAGGCCUGAAACUAUCAGGGAUCAUGGCUAUUUUGUUCUGUGGCAUUGUCAUGUCUCACUACACCCAUUUUAAUUUGUCACCCAUGACUCAAAUUACAGUACAACAGAUUUUUCGCACAACAGCUUUUAUGGCGGAAACAUGUGUAUUUGCUUAUUUAGGAAUGGCAAUCUUUAGUUUCAAACAUCAGUUUAGACCAGCGUUUGUCAUAUGGACAAUAAUUCUUUGUUUACUUGGAAGAGCAGUGAAUAUUUACCCUCUGUCUUCUCUUGUAAACCAAUUUAGAGAUGUCAGAAUCUCACGCAAAACUCAGUUUAUAAUGUGGUUUAGUGGGUUGCGGGGGGCUGUGGCCUUUGCUCUUGUGCUCCAUCUUCAGUUGGAUGAUGAAAAGCGACAUGUCCUCAUCACUUCUACACUUAUUAUAAUCAUGUUCACAAUUCUGUGUUUAGGUGGAUCAACUCUUCCACUGUUGAAGUUACUCAAAGCAGAUCAAGGAUUAGAAAAGAGUUUAACACUCAGUAAGACACAGACUGAGGGCAAAGCAGUGGAUGCAGAUCAACUGACAGAUGAUGAAUGGAGAAUAAGCAGCAAGAAAGCAUUGAAGGGCUUUUCACGGCUUGAUGCUAAAUAUUUCAUUCCAUUCUUCACCAGAAAGUUUACAAGACAGGAGGUGCGCAACGCACAUGAAGAAAUGCAGCGCUUAACAAGUCAGUUGUACAGUGAAGUACACAGUGAUUUGGCAUCUGAAGAUGAAGCAGACAGUAGACUCUAAUGUUUACCUCACAAUGAAUCAAUAUUGGAAGGGGGUAAAUGAAUGCAAGUUUAAAUUUGGUAGAUCACUAAUCAAAGAUAAAGACAAAGUGUUGUGUAGUUCCAAAAAGAUGAAUAUUUAUUUCUGGCCUUUUUACAGUGGAAAUGCAAGCUAAACAUGGUGACUGAAGUUUUCAGUGAUGGGACAGGGUUAACAUUCUUUUUCAAAGCUCUGACAGAGAACUGAUGCUCAAACAUCAGUUUUAGAAGCUCUCCACAAUGGCCAAUUUACAUUAUUAACUCGGUUCGUGAAACCAAAUUACCUUUUCAAAGCAACUCUCUCUUGGAUGAUCAGACCACACUAACAAAAUUCAAUUUAACCCUGUAAAUCCCAAGCUCUGAUUGGUAAUUCUCCCCCGAAGCUGCAACACAUUUCCUUGUAAAUUAGUCACAAGACUUUGGUGUGAGUUCAAUAGAAAAACUUCUACCUGAGAAGGUCGAGUAUUCUCAGUAUCUGUUGGCUUAAUAAUCUAUGGAUAUUAGAGGGAGAAUUUACAUGUUAAAUGCAGUUAAAUGCAAUUUAACGGAGUUAACAACAAAAAUUAUCAGCAUUCUCAAGUAGUCAGUGCCUUUUUUGCGUAUGUGCAUGGGUUGGAAUUCCGUGUGCUCUUCAUUUUAGGCAUUCUUGCGUGUGCCCUGAGCAUGCACUUGUAGCAUUCCCACGCAGUUUUUCCCAACCCAUUUCCUCUUUCCACUGUUUAUUCAGUGUGAUGGGUCCCUGCUUCCCUUUCUUGUGUGGGGGCUCAGGGCUGGGUUGCCAGGAUUUGCCAGCCAUGGGAGAAGUCUCUAUCUAGGAGCUGGCUGCCAAUAGUGGAAGCUCCUGGAUGUUUCAGGCAUCAACCUCCACUUACCGAUGCAGUUGUUAAUCGUUUCUUAGGGUUAAAGGGUUAAGAGGAAACGUGAAUCAGGACUAAUGGCUGGCUCAUUAGUUCUCACUUGAAGGAGACCACUAAUUAAGGAAUAAAUGUAGUCUUUAGUUGCUAAGACUAUAAAUUCUAGAAAUACAUUAGAGAGAAUUAUUUAAGUGUACAUUGUACUAAAGGAUUGAUACAAUAUUUGCUGAGGCAAUUUUUUGUCUCGGUGAUUUUCCUACAUUUCCAUGUCUCAGUGCAUAUAACGAAAAAUAAAUGUAACUCAAUUGAUGUUUGUAAAUAUGUAAAUUAGGGUUUGAUGUCCAAAAUAGAAGGUUUUGAAUAUUUAUGCAAAAAUGUUUCUAUAAAUUUGUUAAUAAGAUAUUUGAAAGCUUUUAUUGUUGGGCAAAGUGGACUUGCACGUAAUGACUGCGUAAGAUAAUUACUUUUGACAGGUAGCACUCUCGAAAUAAAUCUGUUAAUGUAAA